UCAUAUAAAAAAGCCAAGUUGUUUUUCUCAUUGCUCGGACGGGUAAAGUCACAACGGUCGUGUGCUGUGAUUAUAAAUAUAGACAGGGAAUGAACCUGUUGUGCGUUUCAAAAGCAAAGAUUCGUGUUUAAAUUAAUUAUAUAUAAGAAAUUUAUUAAGCAAAAUAGAUACCAGUGGUUGUUAUUAUAUUAACGCAAGUGCGAUGCAAUUAGUGAAUACAAAAGUUUGCCAAUAUUGUGCAAUAGAAAUUAUUGAUAUUUGAUCAAAAACGAAAUGUAUGUAAAAGUAAAAUUCGAUUAAUCGGGAAAAAAUAUGCAGCAGCAUCUUAGCAACAAUAACAAGUACAACGAAGAAAACAAAAAGCAACAACAACCACAAUAUAUCAUCAUCUAUCGUACGAAAUAAUUCGCAAACGUCAAUAACAACAAUAAUAAUAACAACAACCACAUAGGAUAGCAGCCAACAUGCGCAUAAAUGGCAACACGUAAACAACAACAAAAAACACGAGUAAUGGUGACGACAACAGCAAGGAAUGUGUCCGUGAAAUAAAGAAUUUAAUCCACGAGAUAUAUGUACAUACAUAUGUAUGUAUAUACAAAAUUUGUGUAAGAUUCGUGAAAUAUAUAAUAAAGUCAAAUGUGAAUAAAAAAUAAAUAAAAUAAACGGGUUGUCAAUUAAAUGAAUCUUAAAAAAAAUAAACAAAAAUAGAAACAUAUUAAGUAAUAAAAUUCCAUAUAUCGUGUAAAUGAGUUCAUAAAUAAAUUAUGAUACCACGAUUUGCUGUUGAAUGUAUCAAAAUGCCGCAAAAACCAGAGCAAAGUACGAGAGCAAGUUGGCGAAUAGCAAUACUCUCCGUCGGCACAAUACUGCUGCACGCGAUCGCCACAGUGACGGUGGAUGCGUCGGCUAUAGCGAUGGCGACAACAGCGGCGACAGUGCUGACAACGGUGGCGGCAACACCGUCAUUGAACCCUUCAACGCCAGGGUUUCUAAAACGGAGCAUCCGAGUGGGAUACAAUGGCAACGCAGUUAUAAUAUGCAAAACAUUCGAUCUAUCAAACACGUGGUUUCAUGAAACUACAAAAAAUAAAACAAGCAAUCCGCUAAAUACUAACAAAAAGAUUUUAAAUAACUAUGCGGUGCUGCUCUUAAAAUAUAUUAAUCAAACCGGUAUUUACCGAUGCAUGCAAGGUGCGGAAAUUUUGAGCGAAACUAUUUUGACAAUUGCUGAAUCAGACUUAACAUCGCCGGAGAAAAUACAAAUUGGAACCGGUGAUGACGCUGCACUUGUUUUCGUCCAUGACAGCAAUAUCAACAACAUUGGUUACACCAAUAAAACAUUAUAUCAUGACUACAGCGAUAAUAGAGACGAGAAAAUCGAUAAAAUUGAACUCGAUGAUCAGCUUGCAACAUUACUUUUGAUAAGGAAUGCAUCAGCUAAAAAGUCUACAUUCACAUUUAACUAUGGGGAUGGUCAAUGCAGCAAUGAAUGGGAACUCGAUGUGGGAAAAGCUCCGGAGUCAGUAGAGAGUUUUAAAUGCAGAGGUGACAACUAUGAAUCUAUGAGAUGCAGAAUGUUCUAUCCACCAAAUAACUUACCAACAGUAUAUAAAAUAUCAUAUGAAACAUUACAGAACAAUAUUGUAGAUUGCACACUGGACAACGGCUCAGACCAUGAUAUAACGUUGAUGGCGACAAAUAGCGGCAAAUGUAUUUAUUAUCCAUCCCAAGAAUUUCAUAAUUUCACUUUGAUAGCGACAAAUGCUUUAGGAGAAUACACGAAUAAAAUCUCCAUAAACACCCAUAAGAGCGUCGUGCCGCCAAAAUUGCAAAUCUAUGUGGAAAACAUAACCUCCAAUAGCGUAUAUUUAUCAUGGAAAAACCGUAAGCAAGAUUACUAUAAGGCCAUUGGAUUGGAAUAUAACAUUACCGUUGAACCGGAUGACCACGAAAAAUACAAUUUAACCGAGUACAGUGAAAGGUUGGCAUAUAAUUUCACACUCCCAAACCUUCCCUAUGCCAACUGGCAAUAUGUUUUGAAUGUCUCAGCACGUGUUAAUUGCAAUACAAGCGAAUGGAACGAACCAACUAAAGUGGUUUUCAAAACUGCGCCGCGUCAACCCGAUCGUGCGCCACGCACUUAUGUUGGUGGUUUCGACAUUAAUGAGGCAGACAUAAUAACUUUAUAUUGGGAGGGUUUGGCAGAUUACGAGAGAAAUGGUGAAAAUUUCACUUACGUUAUUCAAGAAUUGGACAUGUAUGGACAAGAGUUAAAUUCAAAAGAAACCAAUAGCACAACAGUUGACUUUCGAUGGGUCUCAAACCAUCCUAGAAUUUAUAAAAUAUUCGGCAAAAAUGCAGUCGGUGCAUCGUCAAAUGCAAGCAUAAUACGAGUUGUCUCACCCAGAGAAUUCAGUCCUCCAUUAGAAAUUGAGAAGUUGUUGGAAAAUGGAGCAUUCAUAUUAAAAUGGCAGCAUCCAGGUGACUACGAAAAGCGACCACCAAGCAACUAUACUGUCUUCUGGUGUCAGCAAAGGUUGAUGAAGAAAAAAAAGUGUGACGGUUCCAUGCACUUCACAGUUGUAGAAAAUACGAGAACCAAUUAUACCACACACGCGAAGGAUCAACUUAUAAUGGCCGUGGCAGCCAACUAUCCACGCGGAAGUAGUGGAUUUUAUUGGCCCCAUUGUUUUAACGAUUUAAAUGCAUAUUUAGAGCAGAUAACUACGUUUGACGUUACCGACAAGUCGGAGUCGAGCAUCGUUCUAAAAUGGAGUAAUCCAAAUUGUAACAGUGCAUUCAAUGGCUACAAUAUUACCUAUUGCAUAUUGAACAAUAGCAUGGUGUCCAGUUGUCAUUCAGAGCGCGAAAAUUCGACACAAAGUAUUAGCUUCAAUUUAACGAAUUUGGAAGCAUAUACAUUUUAUUACAUCAGCAUACAGUUAUAUGGCGUUAAUAAUCGAAAGAGCCCGCCCAUUGCAAUCAAGGCACAAACCCUUCAAGCAGCACCUGAACCGCCAACUAAUCUAAAUUAUACGGACGUAACAAGUCAUUCGGCGAAAAUUUCAUGGAAAGCGCCAACUGAAAGACAUGGAGUUCUGACAAAGUAUUAUAUUUGGUAUAAAAAAUACAACGAAGCAGAGGCAAAAUACAAUGAGACCACUAACGUGUCUUAUACGUCUUAUACAUUAAACGACCUAAGCAGUGGAUCUGUCUAUGAGGUAUGGCUAACGGCGUGGACAAAACAUCAAUCAAUUAAGAGCGCUUCAGUGAAUAUCACCACCAUGAUUGGCAUACCAAUGCCACCGACAGAUGUAAAUCUAUAUCUAAACGGUAGUGAUUAUGUGCUCAGUUGGACUGCAGCGGAAAAUUCAGUCGGUCAUAUGGUGUUCUACGAGCUAAUUUUUAAUGCCAAUAAUCAAAUAAAAAAAUUAACGGUACAGCACCCAAAUUCUAACGGUACGGUAACAGGAACAGAUAAUAAACUCGUGUGCCGCCUAAAAUAUCCCGGUUGCCCGAAGGGCGUACAAAAUAUGCAAGUACGCACUAUCAAUGUGGUAGCCGAAAAAGAUUUAGAUAAGAGCACGUUUACUAUCGCGGGCGAAGGAAUGCAACGAGCACGCCGUCACACCAAUCCUUCAUACGCACCAAGUACCGUUCGCACGCAGGCAACUGCUAAUGGUGAAAUGUAUAACAAGUCCCACAAACAAAAGGAACAUAUAUCGGCUGAUGACCAUAAGGAAGCGAAACUAGCAUACAAAUAUAAAACGCACCAAGAUUUCGUGUGUGACGUAGUUGGUGGAGGUAUCCGAACACAAUUACCCGAUAUAAAGAAUACCGCAUAUUACAUGCUGAAAUCGGAUGCAAGCAGUUCACACAAUUUCACUUGUUCAGAAUUUGAGUGGGCACUGUUAGUGGCUUCGAUUAUUUUCGUUAGCGUGUUCAUAGCGACCAUAGUUUGGACUUACAAGUUUGUGCAACGUCAAUGGAAGGUGCACGUACAAUUACCAGAAUCGGUGCUACAACUAAUGAGCAUGAGUUCAAAAUUACCCAGUUGCUUGGAGGAUAAUAAACCGGAAAAUAUUUCCAUUGUAUCGACAAAAGCUAGCGAUGGUGCAUCGCUAAUCAAUAUUGGAAAGACGUCCGUACCCUCGUGUAGCAGUGAAAGUGGUGUCGAUGGCGUUGGCGACGCUGACAGUGACACACCGAGUACAAGUAGCGAAGAUGUCAAUAGGGAAUUUUCACGCUGUUGGGCGAAAAGCGAGCCGGCAUCGCCACAGACUACAGUAACUUUAAAUAGCCUUAGCUACUCUUCGCAUCAACCAUCACCGUUGCGGUGUAAAAAGCCAUUUGACAAGCCCAUUCUUAUUAAUGAUGACUACUUACAAGCGGAACAAAUAAUACCAAUUAUUGCUAAUGACAGCAGCACAUCGAGCGAAUCUUCAUAUUUACCCUUACAUUCAAUUAAAUCGAAGUCGAGCUCAACUUCGGAGAGUAGCGGUAACAAAGGAAGUUUUGGUGAUUAUGUUACAGCGGGUGAUAUUGCUGCAACAGUGACAACAUCAACUGACGCUAUGCUCAACAAACAUGCAAAGACGCCGCUUUUGCUACAAAUGACAAAUAAUAACAAUAAUAAUAAUAACAAUAUUAAUAAUAAUAAUAUAUUAAAAAAUGCGCCGCUGGCUAACAAUUAUGUACUACCAGACUCACUCCACAAGUUGCCAACAGCGCACGUCGAAAGGAACUCCGUAAACCCUCUAGAAUCAAAGCUCUUACAGGCGAAAGCUGCAACGGCGCAGGCACACCUCUUUCCAACGCUUGCGACCGACGAUUAUGUGCUACCCGAUUCAUUACUUAAGUUGUCCACAGCACAUACCGCUACCAUACGGCAAGAUCACAACGAAACUGAUAAGCCAUUUCAACAACAAUUGCCACAAACUACAACCAUACCAGCGCAGUCGGAUCUAUUUAAAAAUUUAGCGCUUACAACAGGCGAUUAUGUGCUACCCGAUGAGUUGCCCAAGAUCGCUGCAUCACAGCAACACGAGACAUCUCUAUUGCCACUACCGCAACAACACUCGCAAAUUAAUUCUACGCAAGCGCAACCCAAUAUUCUUAAAAAUAUGCCACUCACACACUGUGGUUAUGUACUACCUGAUACGUUAACCAAGUUUGCUGCUGCACAAAACGCUGUCAAUGACGCGGACAUUGACGACGAUACGCAGACGCCAGCGCACCAGCAAGUUCGACCAAUGGUUUCAUACGGCUAUGUUACAUCAGAUUUUUGGUCACAGCAAAAUGCAAUGAAAUGAAUUUGAACUCAUAGAACUGCUACGAAGCCGAAUCGUAUAAUUUAACCAAAAAAAGUGAAAAGAUUUGCACAAGCCAAGCUUACUUAGUGAUCGUAUGCGGCAAACGUUUGCUGUGCUGACGUUGUAAAAAUCCUAAAAAAAAUCGUACCGAGCAUUUUGCAUAUUUAUUGCUUAAUUGACUGCUAGCGAAAUUUUUACUAUCACGGCCAAAGGCUUAGGCGUUAUGUAGUUGUUGGUGAUUUACAUUUAAAAACUAUUUCGCGACUGAUUUACUGUUGUUAUACGUAUAAGUGUGUGCGCAAGUGCUUGUUAGGUGUAUGGCAUGCAUGCCGACCUACACACGAAUUUAGUAUGUGUCUAACUAAAUAAGUUAGUAAUAAAUUUACUAAGCGUAAGAAUAAAAGGCUAUGAGUUUGUAGCGAUUCCCAGGUGGAGCAGAAGAACUUGUAUACUUAUAAAAAUUAUUAAUUAAGGAAUAUACAUAUAUUUUGAGCAUAGGCAUAUACAUAUGUGUGUAUUUGCACUUAUGUACAUAUAUGUAUAUGUAAUGUAGUAUAAUUAAUUAUAUUUCAAAUGUGAAAAUAAUUCAGUUGAUUGCUUUAAUAAGUUCCUUAAAUAUUUUCGUUAUAUACUCAUUAUCUCAAAGAUAAACAUACAUACGUAGAUACAGAAGUAAGUUGAAAGCAACGCAAUUCAGUUUAUUUUUCUUUUUUUUUAUUUAUUUAUUGCCUCUUAGCCUAACCUACUAUUAGUUACCAUUCUAAGCGGGUUUAGAUCGCUGAAAGAUAAGCACUUUGACGGAUAAAUUCCUGUAACGCAAAAAAGUCGAAUUAUAUUUGUGGUUUGAAAAUUAUAAACUAUCAUAAUUGCAUCAAUUUUGAAAAAGUCGCUUGUUUGCGGAUCUCAAGAUCAUACAUUUGUGGAAGAUACAUGCCAAAUUGUAAUAUUAAGUUCUUAAAGUUUUUUUUGUUGUGUUAUAGCUGCAUAUAUGAUUAAGCAAAUAGUUUUGGAUAGUGCUGUGUCCUUAGCUGCACAUCAUUGCAGAAUUUUGUGGAAAAUAAUUUCCAUACUAUUAAGAAAUUAUUAUUAUUUCAUGUAUACCCUGUUUGACAUGAAGUUUAUAAUGUCCUGAAGGAAUACAGAAACUCUAUAAGGUAGAUUAAAUAAAUGAUCAGCACGACGAGCUGAGUCGAUUUAGCCAUGUCAGUCUGUUCGUCUGUACAUAUAUACGCAAAUUAGAUCUGUUUUUGAGUUAUAGGUCUAAAAUUUCGUACACAUCCUUUUCUUCCUAUUGCAUAUAGCUGAACGAGCAGUUUCAAGUGCAUUAAUAAAAACUGUUUUUUUGAUGAGUAAUUUUUACGAAAUUUUGCGUGGGUCAUUGACCUAAGACGCUAAUGCAAUCUCCGAAAAAAUUGUUUAGAUCGGAUUACUAUAACAUUAUUAUAUUAAAUUCUUGUAUGGAAAACUUUUUUAUUAUGACAGUAAAUGUUAUGAAAAUUGGCAUGGAUUAUUGCUCGAAGCAACGGUACAAUAUCCGAACAAAUUGUACAGAUCGGACCACUAUGGCAUAUGGUUGACAUCGAACUGACUGAUCAUACCCAAGUUCUUGUGUGAAUUUUUUUAUUGUUAUAUUAUUAUAUUACUGCUUCGGUGCAACUGAAGUCGUUUUUUUCUAUUUUCAUUUUGAAAUAUUGUUGAAUUAAAGGAAUGAAUAUUAAUAUAUAAAAAAGUUAGUGCACUAUUAAAAAUCUGAAAGCUUAAUACGGACAAGUUUUGAAAAUGCAAGUUAAAAGAAAUGUGUAAGAAUAUAAUAUUUCUGUAUAAAAGGUAGUGAGCACACGAUGUAUUUUCAAUAUUAUGCUGAAAAACUAAUUUGUUUUUUUUUUUGUUUGGCAAAUUAAUUCAUUGUAAUAUACUAGUAUAGAUUCUUGUUGAAUCUGAAAGCUUAAAACGGACUAGUUUUGAAAA